AUGGGUUUGUGUUCUUCUCGAUUACCACCUGAAACAUUACCAUCGACCGAAAUUGAUCGUUUAUGUUCUGAAACUCAAUUAUCGCGUGAAGAGAUUGAAAGUUGGUAUGAACAUUUUACUCAUUGUUAUCCAACAGGAAAAUUAAUAAAACCAGAAUUUAUUUCAUAUUAUAAAAAAUUUCGUCAUGAAGAUAAACUAACAAAUAAAAAAGUAAUUAAAAAUUUAUUUAAUACAUUUGAUUUAAAUGAAGAUAAAAAAAUGAAUUUUUAUGAAUUUAUUUUGGCUACUGUAACUAUUAUGGACGAUUCAAAAUAUGAAAAAUUAAGAUCUAUAUUUA